UUAAAAUGUUGUGUAUGCGUGUGCUAAUGGUUCUCUACAGAUGGUUCUAACUAUGUUGUGAAUUAGUAUGUUCUGACAUUUCUGUUUAAUUAUUGUAUUUAUGUACAUAGGAGUUCUGUAAUUGUACAGUAAUAUACAUUAUGAUUGCAUUUAUACUUUGUUUUGGACUACUUGGGCAUGGAUUAGCUUUAAAUAAAAAUCCAGAUACGGAAGUUGAGAUGCCACUUAUUAGUAACGAUGAUGUUCCAUUGGUUGCUAAGCUGGAUACCAAAAACCUGAAUAAGGCAAUAAAGACCUACAUAAAUAAAACUAUGGAAAGGGUAGUUAUGGAGAAAUUUUCCAAACUAAAAUCGGAUAUAUCGUCUAAAAUUAUGACAGAUACAUAUCCAAGGGAUUGCGAAGAUAUCACAGAGUCAAAAAGUGGGAUAUACCGGAUAUAUCCCUCAGAUAUAAGGGGAUUUGAAACAUACUGUGAAAAGAACAUCGAAGAAGGUGGUUGGUUGGUUUUUCAGCGGAGGCAAGAUGGCAGUGUUGACUUCUAUCGGAACUGGACGGAUUACAAGAACGGAUUCGGUGACCUGACAGGAGAGUUCUGGUUAGGUAACUCCAAAAUCCAUGAAAUCACAUCAAAAGAUGAAUAUGAACUGUACAUACUUAUGGAGGAUCUUGAAGGAGAACAGAGAUAUGCGAGGUACAAGACGUUUCAUGUUGGAGACGUACAGUCAAAAUUUACCCUACAAGUUGGAGGAUACAGCGGGAAUGCAGGAAAUUCGUUGGACACUGGUUCCCACAAUGGUCAGCCUUUUUCAACACUAGAUAGAGACAGUUCAAGUAAUUGUCCAAAACAAUUUAAAGGUGCUUGGUGGUAUAAAAACUGUCAAAACUCUAAUUUAAAUGGCUUGUACCUUAAUGGUUCACAUACGUCUUUUGCAGAUGGUAUUGAAUGGCAGCAUUGGAAAGGUUACUAUUAUUCCCUCAAGAAGACACAAAUGAUGAUUCGACGUCGUCGUUGAUAUGAUAUCAUAUGGCAUAACUGACGCAGAUUACGAAUUGCCAUAAAAAACAAAUAAUGCUUCUAGUUAUUGGAUGGAUAUAUAUUUAUUUUCUCUUGUUUCCAAUAAACA